AUGUCAUCCGAAGCCGCCAGAUCGCUAAACAUCCUUAUUAGCGGAGCUGGGAUUGCCGGCCCCGCCACUGCGUUCUGGCUCAGCCGCCUCGGACACAAAUGCACAAUCAUUGAGCGAUUCCCUGGUAUCCGAGAGAAUGGCCUCCAGAUCGAUAUCCGCAAGGAGGGUGUCGAGGCCAUGCGCCGCAUGGGUCUUCUCGACGAAGUCAAGAAGCACGUCGUCGACGAGCCUGGCACAGAGUUUGUCGAUUCCAAAGGCAAGCGUGUCGCACUCUUCCCCAAAAUUGAAGAGGACAAGCACGGCAAGCAGGGCUUCACCAGCGAAUAUGAAAUCAUGCGCUACGAUCUGGUCAAGCUGCUCGUUGACGCAUCAAACCAAAACGUCACCUACCGCUUUGACGUUUCCAUCUCUGCCUUUGAGAACAAAGAGGACUGUGUCGUCGUGACCUUUUCCGACGGCACAGUCAAGACGUACGACCUCCUCAUUGGCGCCGAUGGCCAGGGCUCGCGCAUCCGCAAGAUGCUCCUCAAGAGCGAGGGCAAGGAGACGGACGAGACGGUCAACAUGGGCGUCUACAUGUGCUUCUUCAAGACGCCCCGCAUACCGGACACGGAAAAGCUGACCACGCUCUACAUUGCCACGCGGCAGCGGAUGCUGAUGACGCGCGUGCACUCCGAGACCGAAGGCCAGGUGUACAUGGCGGUGCGCGGGCACGCCGCCGAGCUGGACCGCGUCCUGACCCAAGACGUGGACACGCAAAAGCAAUUCUUUGCCAAGCUGUUUGCGGGUGCCGGCUGGCGGGCUGAGGAGCUGGUCGACUCCAUGAACAAAUCGACGGAUUUCUACGCCACGUCGACGCACAUGAUCCGCAGCGGCGUGUGGUCCCGGAACCGCAUCGUGCUGGUCGGCGACGCGGGCUACUCGCCGACGCCGCUCACGGGCAUGGGCACCAGCGUCGCGCUGAUUGGCGCCACUAUCCUCGCGGGCGAGAUUGCGAGGCAUGGCGCGGAACACUUGACUGAGGCUUUCGGGGCGUAUGAGAGGACGUUGCGUCCGUAUGUGGAUAUCGUGCAGGAUAUUCCCAAGACGGUGACGAAGGGGCCGUAUUGUGAGGGGAAGACGAAGCUGCGUUUUGUGAACUUUCUGUUAUUUGCGGCCACAAAACUGAAGUUCGACAGGCUCUUCCAGAUGGUGAUUUUGAGAUCGAACGAUCCCUUUCGCAUACCGCAAUACCCAGAGUUGGACGCCGUGGCUGGCAUCAAAGCAUGA